ACACACUGUUCAAGUUUGUUGAGAGCAGACUGGGGGUGGGGGCAUACUCCCCCUUUUUUCAGAUUCAAACAUUUAUCUCAAAUUUUCUCUACCACUUCUUAUCCUGGGGUAUGCUGGCCUGCAGCAGGGAGAAGGUUGUUCAGCAGUAGUUGUGGAUAUUAAAAAACAUGGUAAGCCGGGUGGUGGUGGUGGCGGCGGCGGCGGCGGCGGCGGCGGCAGCGGCGGCGCACGCCUUUAAUCCCUGCGCUUUGGAGGCAUCAGCAGAUGGAUCUCUGAGUUCCAGGCCAGCCUGGUCUACACAGAGAAACCCUGUCUGUCUUCAAAACAAAACAAAAAAGCAUGGUAACAUCUUUGUGAUCAGAUGGAAGGUAAACUGUUUCAAAAUCGCAGUGAAAAUAAAAAGCCAGAUGCUGAUGGCCUUAACAGUGCUUCCCAGUGUUUCUGCUGGAUUUUGUUUGUGUUUUUACUAUUUUAGUUUAAUUAAGAAAUUUUUUAUUCAUUUACAUACCAAUCAUAGAUCCCCCUCUUCCCUCCUCCCGCCCCUCCAGCCUUCUUCCAACCCACCCCCCACUCCUUCCUACAAGAAGGUAAGGCCUCUCAUGGGGAGUCAGCAGAGCCUGGUACAUUCAGUUGAGGCAGGUCCAAGCCCCUCCCCCUGCUUCGAGGCUGUGCGAGGUGUCCCACCAUAGGUAGUAGGCUCCAAAAAGCCAGCUCAUGCACCUGGGACGUAUCCUGAUUCCACUGUCAGGGGCCCCUUAAGCAGGUCAAGCUACACAACUGUCUCACUUAUGCAGAGGGCCAUUCCCGUGGAGGCUCCACAGGUGUUGGUCUAAAUUUCAUUUUUAUUAUUUUUUUAUUUUAUACAUUUGGGUGUUUUGCCUAGGUCUGUGUACCACAUUUGUGUCUGGUGCCCAGGAAGGCCAGAAGAGGGUACUGGAUUCCCUGGAACUGGAAUUAGAGAUGGUUGUGAGCUGCCAUGUAUGUGCUGGGAAUUGAACCCAGAAUAGUUCUCUUAAGCUCUGAACCAUUUCUCCAGCCCUUGCCCACCCUCACCCCCAGUUUGCUUCUUGACUGUGCUGCUCCAGUCUUCUGGAUGUUGUCAGUACCCCAUAAAAUGUUUUGCUCUUCACCUACCAAUUCUACCUACUGCUUGUUGUUUAUUGUUGUUUGAGACAGCGUCUCACUAUGUUGUGUGGCCCUGGCUGGCAUAGAACUCACUAUGUGUAUCAGCCUAGCCUGAAACUCACAAAUAUCCACCUGCCUGUGCCUGGCUUUUACUUUAUUAAAUUUUAAUUUUGUGUGGGUGUGUUUGUGUGUAUGUGUGUACCACAAUGUACAGAGGUCAUGUGGGUCCUGGGAACCAAACUCAGGCCAUCAAGCUCUGUGCCAUUUUACUCUAUUGUUUUAAUAUUGUUGAUCUAUACUUAAUAAAUAAAUAUGCUUAAUAAAGUCACUUCUAGAAACUGAGAAUGUGGUAUUACUUCAAAUCCAACUGUACUGAACAGAUGUGAGAGUUGGAUGAAGGUAAGUAAGGUGACAAACCCUCUGUUUAUCCACAUCUGUUUCCUGUGUCUGAAAGAUCUUGAAAUAACUGGUGAAGUGGCAGAGGGUGGUUCUCUUUGAAAGCAAAAAACUGCUAGAGGUAAAUGCUUUUUAAAUGUGAACACUGAAAAGCUUAGACUUUCUGAUUCUCUUUAAAUAUACAGGAAAACUCAUGGGUGAAAUUUUUUUUUUGUUUUGUUUUUUUGGUUUUUUUUUCGAGACAGGGUUUCUCUGUGUAGCUUUGCGCCUUUCCUGGGACUCACUUGGUAGCCCAGGCUGGCCUCGAACUCACAGAGAUCCACCUGGCUCUGCCUCCCGAGUGCUGGGAUUAAAGGCGUGCGCCACCACCGCCCGGCAUGGGUGAAAUUUUAAUGAAUACAGAUUUAAUGAACAUCAAUGAAUAUAAAAUACUUUGAGAGUUUUUUUUGAUAACAUGAAAGGACUUACCUUGAUGAAGAAAAUAAUGAAGUUAAAGCCUUAAGUAUCCUUUAUAUUUUUAAAGACAGGAUCUCUACUAUGUAGCUCUGGCUGUUGUAGAACUUGCUUUGUAAAGUAGGUUGGUAUCCAGUUCACAGACAUCCUCCUGCCUUUGUGUCCCAAGUGCUGGGAUUAAAGGCAUGUGCCCGCUGCAUGUUUGGAUGGUACUUUUAACUACUGUGUAAUAUUUGGAUAAAGUUUGGGCAAAAAACAAACACCCCCUCUCCCCAGGGUUCCUCUAUGUAUCCCUGACUGUCUUGGAACUCAAAAUGGCGGCCAGGCUAGCCUCAAAUUCAAAGGCUACUUGCCUCUGCCUCCCAAGUUCUGGGAAUAAAGGUGUGCACCACUACUAUUUGAACAAAAUUGAUCAAGCAUACAUUGGUGCUUUUCAGCCAGUCCUUGUAAUUGUUACUGAAAGCAGAUCAAUAGUUUCAUGGAUUUCAUAACAUCAGUGUGCUGAACCUUGACCUUUAAAAUUUUAAUGUAUUAUCUCUGUCUCAUCUUUUGUAUAUCUUUUUUAAUGAUUUAUUUUUAUUUUAUGUGCAUUGGUGUUUUGCCUGCAUGUCUUUGUGAGUGUCAGAUACCUUGGAACUGGACUUACAGACAGUUGUGAGCUGCUAUAUGGGUACUGGGACUUGUAUCCUCUAGGAAGGCAGCCAGUGCUCUUAACUUCUGAGCCAGCUGUCCAGUCCAUCUUGUGUAUAUCGUAAAUAAUUUAUUCAGACCAUAUCUUGUAUAAACCUUGAGAACAUUCAGCCAUCAUAGUCCUCAUACACAAAUUCUUUACUGAAAUGAGUUACAUUUUUAUAUUUUUCUAACAUUUUCUUUUGCUUUAAUACCAUGAGACAUAACAUUAACAAAUUUAUCAUCUGUUGUGAGAGUUUUCUCCCUUGGUUUGGGGAAGACUAAGUAAUGUCUGUCUUAUAAGAUCCCAGGGAGACACCAAAGUUCUGUUUCACCAAACUUUCGUCCUGAGGGAUCAGUGAGUUUAUUGGACUUAACUUACAGAGCAUGGAUGCGGGGGUUGGUGACAGCAGUACGGGUGAUUAGUGUGUUGAAUUUGUAUUUUACCACUUUGCUGAACAUGUGUAUGAGCUCAGGGUUUUGUGGUGGAGUGUUUAGGGUCUGUCAUGAAAGAUCCAUGUCAUUUGUAAUAGGGAUUUUUAAAAAAAAAAUUUUCCUCUUUGUAUCCCUUUCAUUUCCUUCUCAUAGUGCUCUAGUAAAGCGUCAAGCAUCCUGUUGAGCAGGAGUGGAGAAAUGGACACUGUUGACUUUCUUCUGACUCUGAUCUUAGUGGGGAUGCUUUGAGUUCUUCUCUAUUUGGCAUGAUUUUUUUUUUUUUUUAGCUUAGAUUUCUGUUUACCCAAUAACAACCCUUCUGUUUACCUGGCCAGAGUCCUUCUGUGUAGGACAUUGUCACCAGCACUGCCAUUUGGGGGCCUGCUUUGGACUUAACAAGAAGUACUUGCUCUUGUAAAGAACUUGAGUCCACUCACCAGCACCCACAUGGUGGCUCACCAUCUUCUGUCUGUAGCCCCAGACAUUCCAGGGGAUAGAUAUAACUCCCUUUUCUGACUUGACAUGCCCUAGGCAUACAUGUGGCACAUACACAUACAUACAGGCAAAAAUUCACAUAAAUAAAUUGAAAAAAAAUUAAGUCCAGAUUCUCUUUAAAAAUCCAAAGUCUUGCCAGGUGGUGAUGGUGGUGUACACCUUUAAUCCCAGCACUCGGGAGGCAGAGGCAGGUGGGUCCGGCAGAGGCCAGCCCAGUCUAUAGUUCAAGUUCUAGGACAGGCUCCAAAGCUACACAAAGAAACUGUCUCGAAAAACAAACAAACAAAAAAAUUGAAAGUCUUGGGCUGGACGAAUGGCUCAGCAGUUAAGAGCACUGGCUGCUCUUGCAGAGGACCUGAGUUCAAUUCCCAGCACCCACGUGGUAGCUCACAAUUGUCUGUAGCUCCAGUUCCAGGGGAUCCGACAUCUACAUAGAGACACAUACGUGCAGCCAAAAUGUAAAUACAAAAUUUUAAAAAAUCCUGGGUGUGGUGGCUCACACCUUUAAUUCCAGUACUUGGGAGGCAAGGCAGGUGAAUUUUUUUUUUAAGAUUGAUUUAUUUAUCAUAAUACAGUGUUCUGUUUGCAUGUAUCCCUGCAGGCCAGAAGAGGGCACCAGAUCUCAUUACAGAUGGCUGUGAACCACCAUGUGGGUGCUGGGAAUUGAACUCCGGACCUCUGGAAGAGCAGCUAGAGCUCUUAACCUCUGAGCCAUCUCUCCAGCCCCCUCUGAGGAGAAUCUUAAGACCAGUUUGGUCUACAUAGCAAGUUCAAAAAGGAAGAAAAAUGGUUUCUAAAUGGACUUGGUGGUACAAUUCUAGCAUAUGGUCGAGGCAAGAGAAUUGUAAGUUCAGGCCAGCCUAAGCUACAUAAUAAGAAAGUGUGUAUAUGUGUGGCCUUGUUAGAGGGGGUGAGUCGUAGGGGGUGGGCUUAGCGGUUUAGUGCCAGUGUUCCCUCUCUACCUCUUGCCUGAAGACUAAGAUGUGAACCCUUAGCUACUACUCCAUCCCCGCCCCUCCGCCCACAUCACACACAGCGCCUGCGCCACGCUCAUGGAGUCUAACGCUCUGCUAGGCUGCCUCGGUCAUGGUGGUUGUCACAGUAAUAGAAACAUAACUGAGACUUGAUAUCAGGAAGUCUACUGCUGCUGUGACAGACCUGACCGCGUUGAUCUUUGGAGGAAGGUGGAAGACUGGGACUUCUGAGGAGGAACGUGGCUGGUUGUGUAUUGUGAGCAGGGACUAACGGGAUGUCCUAACGUGAGCUUGCAAAACAGCAGUGCUGGGAGCGCUACAGACCGGAGGAGGCACGGCUCGAGGGGUUUCAGGAAGGAGCAAUGGUGGCAGCUGGGCUAGAGAUUAUUCUUGGGAUUUCUGGCAAAGAAUGCGGCUGCUUUCUGCCUUUGUCCUAAGAAUUUUCCUGAGACUAAAUUUAAAACUAAACAUUUUGGGGGUUGGGGAUUUAGCUCAGUGGUAGAGUGCUUGCCUAGCAAGUGUAAGACCCUGGGUUCGGUCCUCAGCUCUGGGGAAAAAAAAAAAAAAAAAGAAAAACUAAACAUUUUGUUGGUAGAGGAGAUUUCAGGACAGCCUAAGACAAACUUUGUUAUGUGGUUAUUAGAUCUGCAGAACUACAUGAAAAAGUUUUUUUUUGUUGUUGUUGUUUUUGUUUUGUUGUUGUUUUUCUCUUUGCUUUUUUCAGGACAGCCCUGGCUGUCCUGGAAACUCACACUGUAGAAACAGGCCAGCCUCCAGCCUCAAACUCAAGAGAUCCACCUAUCUCUACCUCUGCGUCCUGAGUGCUGGAAUGUGCCACCAUGCCUGGCCCAAAAAAAAGGUAAUAUUGACUGUUGUGUGGUUAUUACUCUUAUGCAGAUCUACAAUGAAAAAGAGCAAGUAGGGAAAAAAGAAAGAAAAACUAUAUAAUUUUAAAAAAAAGAGCACCAGGAAAUUUAAUUUUUAAGCCAAGGCUUGUGCUGAAGGAGAAAUGGAGACCAGGGCUGGGGAGAUGCCCCAGUGGUUAAGAACACUGGCUGCUCUUGCAGAGGGCUUAUGUUUGUUUCCCACAGUGUGCCAAUUCUCAGCCUCUGUCAAUCCUGCAGCCUCCAUGCUGCCAAAACUAAUACCACAUGGGAGACUCUUACAUAUUACCAAAAUCAGCACCCACACGGUAGCUCACAACCUUCUGUUACUCCAGUUCCAAGGGAGUAACCACAUGUACACAGACAUACAUACAGGGAAGAAACUCGUAUACAUAAAAAUAAAUUCUUAAAAGGGAGAAAAGCCGAGCAGCAGUGGUACACACUUUUAAUCCCAGCACUCAGGAGGCAGAGGUAGGUGGAUCUCUGUAUUAUAGGCAAGCCUAGUCUAUAGAGCGAGUUCCAGGACAGCCAAGGCUACUCUGUUUAAAAAAAUACGAGAGAGACAGGUGGCGGUUGGGUUCAAAGGAAGGCCUGGUCUGUAUGGGAUAAAGGCCUCAUUGUCUUAGUUCUAUUGCUGUGAAUAGACAGCAUGCCCAAGGCAGAAGAAAGCAUUUAUUCAGGGCUUUGUGUAGUUCAGAGUUAAGAGUCCAUGGUCAUUGUGACAAGAAGCAUGGCGACAUUCAGGUAUGGUGCUGGAGCAGUAGCUGAGAGCUUGCGUCUCAUCUGAAGUGGAGGGAGGGUGGGAGCGUGGGAGCGUGCUGGCCUGGUGUGAGUUUUUGACACACACACACACACACACACACACACACACACACACACACACCUCCUCCAACAAGGCCAUACGUAAACAAUCCAGCUGGAACCAAACAUUCAAGUAUAUGAGCAUAUGGGGUCCUGUCUCCCUCAAACUACCCAGGUUCUCUCAGGACAAGACUCCACCCAGCUAAGCAUCUAACAUGGAAAAAGGAAAAGUGUGAGGCAUUUGCUACUUCUAAAAAGCAACAAAGGAAAGCUGCUGCAAACGUGAUUCAGUGGUGCCAGGCUACAUUCCAAGAAUGCAGCAGAACUUGGCCAUGUUGACCAUUGUCCAUGUAGAGUCAUGAAGGUAACAUUGGUAAAGUGGUUAUGAAAUCUUCCUCUGUAGUUAUAGAGAGCCACUGAGGCCAGGUGUUGUAGUAGGGAAGUCCCUGCAUGGAGGCACUGAGAAGCCAUUCUGAGAGUGAAAGUGAAGCCUGCGUUUUAGUGGAGAUCCCUGAGUCAUGAGACAUCUGCCAAGGAAAGAUAAGGGUAGGGAAUGGAGCCAGCCCAAGAGAGAGUGUUUUGGGCAGCCUAGCAGGAAAGGUGGAACCGCUUAAGCCCUGACACUGGACAUGGAGCUAAAGGGUUUGGGGCUUGCUCUGCUAGGUUUUGUUCUUGCUUUGGUUCAGCAUUUCCUCACGGUGCACCUUUUCCUCCCAUUUGGAAUAAUAAUGCAUAUUCUGUGCCAUUGUGUGUUGGAAGUAUGUAAUUUGCUUUUUUACAGGGGUUACAGUUAGGAGAUUGCCUUGAGUUGUAGAAGAGAUUUGGACUGUUAAGUAGUGUUGAGACCAUGAAAGUCUAUGGAUAUAUUGUGAAUUCUAAUUGGUCUUAAUAAAAACCCGGAGUCAGAUAUUGGGGUGAAAGCUGAAAGAUCAGAGAAGCAGAGCAGCCAGCCACUAGAAAGAUUUCUUACCUCUAGGAAUCCUCAGACUGAAAGGGGAAAGCUCCUGUCUCCACCUUACCUUAUCACUUCCUCUCUCCACCCAGCCAUAUCCCUUCCUAUUUCCUCCUCCCAAGUGCUGGGAUUAAAGGUGUGUGCUACCACUGCCUGGCCUCUAGUGGCUAGCUCCUCACUCUGAUCUUCAGGCAAGAUUUAUUUGUUAAAGUAAAGCACAAACAAAAUAUUACCACAGGAGACUUCUGAGGUUGGACUGAAUGCAUUUUGUAUCAUAGUAUGGCCUAUGGGGGUCAGGGAGUGGAAUGUGGUGGUUUGAAUGAGAGUGGCCCCCAUAGGCCAUGUUUGAAGUUUUCGUCCCCAAUGGUUGAACUAUUUGGUAAGAACUGGGUAUGACCUUGUUGAUGGAGGUAUGUCAUGGGGGUGGUCUUUGAGGUUUCAAAAGACUUGUGCCAUUUCCAGUGUGCUCUCUGCCCCCUACUUGUGGAUCAAGAUGUGAAUUCUCAGCUGCUGCUCCAGCAACUUGUGGCCUAGCCUUCAAAGCCCCCUGGAACCAUAAGCUCGGUUAAACUCUUUUAUAAGUUGCUUUGAUCAUGAUGUUUUGUUAUAGCAAUAGAAAAGUAACUAUGAUAUGCAGCAAGCACUCCUAACCACUGAACCAUCUCUCCAGCCCCUAUGUUUUUAACAUCUUUAGUUAUGUGUAGAUGUUAUGUGUCUGCAUGUGUGAAUGUGCAUGUGUAUUGGCGAGUUUUAUGUCAACUUGACACAAGCUAGAGUUAUCAGAGAGAAAGGAGCCUCAAUUGAGAAAAUGUCCCAUGAGAUUGGGCACGUCUGUGGGGCCUUUUCUUUUUUGUUUUUAGAGACAGUGUUUCAGAUGUGUAGUCCUGGCUGUCCUGGAACUCGAUCUGUAGACCAGGCUGGCCUAGAACUCAGAGAUCUGCCUGCCUCUGCCUUCUGGGUGCUGGGAUUAAGGGUAUGUACCACUACCACCUGGUUGCAUUUUCUUAAUUAGUGACUCAUGGGGGAGAGUCCAGCCCAUUGUGGGUGGGGCAACCCGAGGUUCUGAGUCCUAUAAUAAAGCAGGCUGAGCAAGCCUUGAGUAGCCAGUAAGCAACACCUUCCAUGGCCUCUGCAUCAGCUCCUGCCUCCAGGUUCCUGUCCUGUGAGUGGCUUCCCUCUGGAUUGUGAUUCUGGAUAUGGAAACCAAACAAACCCUUUGCUCCCCUGUUGUGUUGGUCAUAGUAACUAACUAGGACAGCAUGGAUUGCAGGCCAAAGACGUUGGAACUGUAGUUGUCGGCAGUUGGGAGCCACCUGAUGUGGGUUCUGGAAACUGUGCUCUCAACCUCUGAGCUCUUUCUCCAGCUACCUCCAAUACCGAUUGGAACCAGGUCUGAAGUUACCCGUCUAGGUCUGAGGCACGAGGGCAAUUAUAUUGGACACUGUGUUGGUAACUAGAUGGUGUACAAGAACCAUCUGAUGCCGGUUAGACUGCAGCCUGCUGAGCUCACCAAGGACUAGAACAAAGUUCUGCUUAACCGUAUUAUCUCCCCUGAACAGGACCAUGUCUGUGCUGGAGCAAAAGGGCAGUCCAGAUAAACUGUGCCAGUUUAUCACUUCAGCGCCUGCUGUCACUCAGGAGUCGCUGGGCGGCUCUAGCCAAUCAGGGCUUCCAGGCUCACACUGUUCAAUGAAAAGCGUCGUGGGGCCGCGGGAGGCGGGCUCUGUCUGGUCGCCAUGCUGUGGACUGAGCUCCGCAGCUAAGGGAGGCCCCGUGGGUGUGUGUGCUGCGCUAUGCGCGCGGCUGCCGCGAUCUGUGAGGAGAGUGCAGGCGAAGUCGGACGCCGUGACAUGGCCUCAGUGAGCUUUGAGGAUGUGGCUGUGCACUUCACCCAGGAAGAGUGGGCUUUGCUGGAUCCUUCCCAGAAGAGUCUGUACAGAGAUGUGAUGCAGGAGACCUGCAGGAACCUGGCUGCAAUAGGAAACAAAUGGGAAGAGGAGAAUGUUGAAGACUGUUAUAAAAUUCCUGGAAGAAAUCUAAGAAGUUCCAUGUUAGAGACCCCUCAUGAGAAUACAGGAGAUGGUCAGGAUGAAGAAACCGUGAUGUGGAUAGCAGAUCUCCAUACAAGCAUGGCAGUUUUUCCCGAACUAACACAAUGUGAAUCCAAUAUGUGUGGAAAGAUUUCCAUGUGUCCUUCAUCUUCUCGUAGGCAUGCCACAUCUCACUCUCAUUAUAAACCACCUGAUCAUGAGGAAUGUGGAGGCAAUCAAUAUGACUUGAAUUCUCUCACCAGGUUUCAAAGGUGUAUGGGAGCUCACACUGGGAAUGGGCCUUGUGAAUGUCAGGUAUGUUUAAAAGCUUUCUGUUUUCCAAAUUCAUUAGGAAUACAUCAAGAGGCUCACAGUGGAAAAACACCAUAUCAAUACAAGGAAUGUGGGAAGGCCUCUCUUUAUACACACAGAGGAACACACACUAUGGGAAAACUUUAUGAAUGCAAUAUAUGUGGUAAAUCUUUGAGUUCUUCUACUUCCCUUCAAAGACAUGAAAUAAUUCACACUGAAAGACUCUAUGAAUGUACAUAUUGUGGUAAAGGCUUUAAAUAUCCCAAGUAUCUUCGAUUACAUGAAAGAAUUCAUACUGGAGAGAAACCCUAUGAAUGUAAACAGUGUGGUAAAGCCUUUAGAUUUCCUGGUGCCUUGCCGCUACAUGAAAAAAUUCAUACUGGAGAAAAACCCUAUGAAUGUAAACAAUGUGGUAAAGCCUUUAGAUUUCCUGGUUCCUUGCCAUUACAUGAAAAAAUUCAUACUGGGGAAAAGCCUUUUGAAUGUAAACAGUGUGGUAAAGCCUUUAGGCGUCACUAUCAUCUUCAGUUACAUGAAAGAAUUCACACUGGAGAAAAACCCUAUGAAUGUAAACAAUGUGGAAAAGCCUUCAGACGGCACAGUCAUCUUCAGAGACAUGAACGGACUCAUGCUCGAGAGAAACCCUGAGUGUAGAUAAUGUGCCAAAGCCUUUACACUUCACAGUGAUCUUCUGUCACAUAGAAGAAUUCAUACUGGGGAAAACAAAUGCUGUGGGUGUAAACAGUGCUGGAAAACCUUUAGGUUUCAUGAGUCCUUGCAAUUACAUGAAAUCAAUCAUAUUAGAUGCAAACCUAUGAAGUAAACACUGUAGUGAAGCCUUUAGACAGUCACUUCAGCUUCAUAAAGAAAUGUAUACUGGAGAAAGCUGUGUGACUGUGGACAUUGUGCUGAGGCUCUUAGAUGUUACACUUGGUAGUUACAAAAAAAAAUCAUUCUGGAAGAAAAUCCUCUGAAUGUAAAUAGUAUGGCUAAAAGGUCACAUAUCACAGUGUUCUUCAGACAUGGGUUCUUCAGAUGUAACCCAUAUGUGAGAAAAACCCUAUAAAUGUAAAAUAUAUACAUAUAUAAAUCCUUUGUAUAGAACAGAUCUCUUCAGUUCUUUCAUACUCAAUAAAACCUUUAAGGAUGUGAACAGUGUGGUAAAGGCAUCAUCUGUCAGUUUCAGAGACAGUGUUGUGUGGAGUGAUGUGAAAAAUAUUUACUUACCUCAGACAGGAACCAAAAAAUGAUUCUUCCAGAGCCCAAUUUGUUCUUGGUUUUUUGUUGUUAUUGUUGUUGUUUUUGAGACAGGGUUUCUCAGUAUAGCUUUGGAGCGUGUCCUGGAUCUUGCUCUGUAGACUAGGCUGGCCUCGAACUCACAGAGAUCUGCCUGGCUCUGCUAGAAUUAAAGGUGUGUGCCACCACCGCCCGGCCCCAGAGCCUAACUUGAUAAGCUAAUGAUUUUAUUAGGGUUACUUAUAGGACCACGGAGAACUCUCAAGCAGAUACAUCACCAAACCACCCACGCCAGCUUGAGUGUGGGUUACAGCCCUGUAAACCUGCACAACUUAAGGGCACUUGGCUGUUCAGAAAGUCUCUUCUCUCGGCAGUUGUUAGCUGUUCCAUAAUCUUGGGGAGGUGCUCUGAAUGUUUUAAGCUUUAGCUUUCUGGGACUUACAAGUUAAUUUGUUUACUUCCUGAAUCCAAUGCUUCCUCUUCCUUCCUAGGAGAAUGUUUCAAUUCAGAGGAUAUGGCUGGACAGCAAUUCACCCCUUCCUGUGACUCUUAACUUUUUUUUAAAUUACUUUUUGAGUCUCUGAGGUGCACCAUCAUUGUAAAAGGAUGUUUGCUCCCAGGAUGAACUGAGAGAAUAGUAGCAGUGGCCCAUGUGCAUAAUCGUGGACAUUUAUGAGGCACUUUGUCAGACACGUCACUUCUAUCCAUUAAAACAGUAGCAGUUGCUUUGCAGCUGGGGCCUGUGAAGUCUGCAGCCAUAGGACUUUGCCCUGGCUUAUGGUACCAGACAUGAGUUUCCUCCUGUAGAGUUUCAUUCAAUCCAAUGGGAAAGCUUGUUGUUGUACCCAUAGUAGUCAUACCAUUUCUGCACUGGCAAGCAGAGCAUGCCUAGCUUUUUGGCACCAUAACACACAGGUUCUACAGCUGAGCAACACUGUUAGUGAAAAUUCAUUCUCUGCAACCUGUAUAUAACACUCGUCACUAUGGAAGGUAGUCAGAAUGGAGGAAACCUCUUGCUUAGUUCCAUGCUGUUUUUUCAUGUCCCCUGUGGGAGAUCAGCUCCCGCCUUCUCCAGGGUCCCUAUGAGGAGGAGAGAGGGAUAAGAUAGACAGAAAGCGAAGAGGAGAAAGACAGAAACACAGGAUAGCUUCAGGGGGGACCUGAGUCAAAACCCAAUGGCUCCUUCUGCCUCUUCAAAAGGGCUUUUUAUAACCAUGCCAAGGGGCAGAGCAAAAGACCUCCCCCUUGCUAGAUCAAAGUACACUGCACAGCCAAGUGUAGACCCUACUAAACACCUUGUAACCAUGCCCAUGGUCAAAUUAUUCCCUAUGCAGCCCUGCUGGGUAAAGCAAGCUCAGAUUCUCAGACCCUGAGUAAGUCCUCACUAGGAAACCUCUGUGGGUCUCUAUAGUCCUGCUGCCAAAGUGCUUGUUAUCUUCAGCAUUAGGGUUUUAUCCUCUUAUUUCUGGCAUAUAACCAAGAGAAAUGGCAAUAUGGUUUGUGGGGCCUCAGGAUCCUCCUUGGCCAACAAUUCAUAUUGAGGUGGCAUACCCUUAACAGUGGGAUAGUCACUUAACAACCUUAUGGGCUUUGUGUCAGUAGGGUGCGUCCUGUACUUAAGCAGCUAAAAAACUGCUGUUUUACUAUCCAUUUAAAAAAAAAUUAGCCAGGCACUGGUGGCACCUUCCUUUAAUUCCAGCACUUGGAUGGCAGAGACAGGUGGAUCUCUGUGAGUUUGAGGCCAGCCUUGUCUACAGAGCGAGUUCCAGGAUAGGCUCCAAAGCUAUCACAGAGAAACCCUGUCUUGGAAAAAAAAAUUUAGCCUUGUCCCAGUAUCUUUUUUGCCAUAGGCCACAGCAAAAAUAUGAUGUAGAAAUUCAGCUGUUUAUGAUAAGCUAAUACUUGGAAGAAGCUAAGGGCCUUCCAGAGGAGUAAGCCAAAUCUCAGGGAGUAUCUGGUGUUACUCAGCUUUUAAUAUAUCAGUUUCCUGCUAUGGAUUUCUCUUGCACUCUCAUAAUUUCCCCAAGAAUGGUGUGGAUAAAUCAUUAGAUACUUGAAUAAAGGCAUGUAGGCAAGGUCUACUGCUUCUAGACCCUCAGCUUCUUCUUUAGCAUUUGAAUUGGAUGUCUGCCUUCUGCAAUUUCCCUUUAGCAAGCAUCCAAGGACAAACAUAAUAGCUGACCAGACCACCUGUUAGGCACCUGAGACCCCUGAAUUAAGGUAAACACCCUUAUGGAGACACCAAUUGGCUUUAAGCAUGAGUUAGGUGCAUAGCUUUGCUUCCUAUGCAAACCAAGCUCAGAUCUCCCUUCCUCUCACAGCCCUAGAGCAAUUUCUUAGAACAAAAAGGUUUUCUUCAUACCAGGUGCUUUAAGCUAUGUGACAAGUCACCUAGCUAUCGAGUAGUCCUCCCCCUGCCCUGCCAGAAACAGUGGCAUAGAAAAAUAAGGCAGUUUUAUUUUAGUGACUUAUAGCUUCUUUCACCUGACCACCUGUAAGACUGUCGGUGAGCGCAUUUAUGAUAGACUCACAAUGUUUCACCUGAUCACCUGUAAGACUGUAGGUGAGCGCAUUUAUGAUAGACUCGCAAUGUUUCACCUGACCACUGACAAGAAUAUAUUUUGAGCGCAUAAAUUCCUUUUCUGAUUUGUUCUAGCCCUUAUCUGACUCUACCUCUAUUUACUCCCCUUUUGGGUUGCAGAUGAAGUUGACCAUGGAGGCUCUGGUGGGGACCUUGAAAGUCUUGUAUUGAAUUGUAAACAUAAGAGUGUUGCUGUAUUGGGGAGAUAUAGACUGGUUCCCCGAGAGGACUGGGCAGAAUUAUGGUGGCAGAGGAAUAAAGUGGAUGGACAAAGA